UGUUGUUUCAAACAUCGUGUAUGUGUGCUCAUCAUUCAAGUGUCCGACUUUUGUCGAAGCGGUCGUUAUAUCGGAACUUUUGCGUGCAAAUAAAAUAGCAGCGCAUUUAACGGCGGUCAAAAUAUGUGAACUAUGUACGCAAGUGCAUAUAAUAUAAACACAAAUGUGUGUCUGUAUGUAUAGACAAAAGUGUAAUAUAAUAAUAAGCAACUACAUAUGUAUGUAUGUAUAUUCACAUGAGUGUGUAUGUGUGUGUAUCAGCUCGCUAUUGUGAAUUUAAUUUUUGAAAAUCCAACAACAACCAUCGUGCAGCAAAUUAAGUUAAGUUUUACUGUAAAUUGAAUAAGAUUUUCGAAAGUACUUCAAAAUGAAAACGCCGCGAGUUGCUAGUGAAUCUUCUACAACAUCAGAUAACACAGCAGAAUUUAUUGAUAUAGUCAAGAAGUACGACAUUGUAUAUAACACGCAUAAUCCUGACUAUAAAAAUGUCGAAGUUAAAAUGAAGGUUUGGACACAAAUCGCCAACGAAAUUGGUUUGUCCGUUGAUGCGGCGAAACGAAAAUGGAAAAAUCUACGGGACAGUUAUACCAAGUAUUUACGUUCAUUUCGUACAGGAACCAAAACAUCUAAAAAAUAUCAAUUUUGGGCUCAUGCAGAACAUAUGGUUUUUCUUAGACCUUAUCAAGGUCCAGGCAGAAAUCCGAACAAUAAUGUAAAGACAAAAAGCGAAGAGGAAGAUAAUGAAUGCGAUCUAGGUUAUCAAGUAUUAACUAAAGCGUCAACAAAUUUAGAGGAUGAUAUAAGCAGAAUAUCAACUACAGUUACCACUGCACCUAUUCAAAAUGCACCUACAACUACUCAAACAAUAGCUAUAAUACCACCAGCUGUAAGUUCUCUCACACCAUCUACGGGGAUUUCAACUUAUUCGUCGAUAAGCAGUUUUGGAUCUUUAACUACAGCUUCAAUAAAUAACACUGCGUCUGGUACAAUAUUGUUGCCGGUACCAUCAUUGCCUCAUGUACCAUUGCCACCACAGUUAUGCAAAUCAGUAUUAAGUCAGCCCACACUUCCUACGCUAGCAACAACUAUGCCAACACAAAUAUUUCCCCAACCUCAAUUACCAAACAUUAUCAAAUCUGCAUUACCAAUAACGGCUAGCAGUACUUCGAAUAGUGUUGGUUGCCUCAUUAUUGAGCCUCAAUUAUUUGCAUCAGCUGAUACCUUUAAAAAGGAGCUGGGCUCCCAUUCCAACCUUAAUUUGUUUCAAAAUACGGUUUCAUCAGUACCGGUUAUAUCAUCACCUGCUUCAACUAAGUCAGCGCAAGCACCGUCGAGCAACAAAAUACGUCGUGUACAACCGUCUCCUCAAACUGCAGCCAUUAAUCUAAGCUUUUCUGCUACAACACCAAACGUACAACCGCCUCAACCCAAAGUACGAAAAUUAAAUGAUAGAAGCGAUAUUGACAUAUCUGCAAUAUUACAAGCGAAUCGCGAUUUGGAUGCCAAUACAUUAUUUUUCCUUAGUUUAGCAAAAACAGUUCGCUCCAUGCCAACGAAGUUUCAAUCGUUAGCUAAAAUGCGUUGUAUGCGCAUUGUCAGUGAUAUUGAGUUGGAACUGGAGAACGCAAUUGAAUGCAAUGGUUCUAUUGCCCCAGACGAUGGUAUGAAUGGCAAUUCUAAAUACUGUAGCAUUGAUACUCCACCACCUCCGAACGAAGGAGGUUGCAUACAAAAUCCAAUAAAUGAAGGUGCAACUGAGCACUUUGUGUAUGUUAUGUCUCCAUCACGUGUGGAAAGCAUGAUUGAUAUUUCGUCCGACGAGGAAUCUGGUCUAAAUGGCAAAUAAAUUUGUUGAUAUUUAAACUGUAGAGCUUAAAGAAUAAAAUAAAAAAU